AUGUUUAUUCUUACCACUGUUUCAGAUCUGAUCCAGAUCUCCCCCGAAGACUUCUCAAAGUUCAGUGCGGUGGCCCUGGAGGACAAUAUCAAUGCGAAGUACGCGAAUAAAGUCAUCCAAAAAGUUGGGCUUUGUAUUGGAUUCUAUGACUUGCUCGAGUCGUCCGACGGUCUCAUUGGCCAUGGUACAGGUCUAGUCAACGUCAAUGUCAAGUUCCGUCUUAUUGUUUUCCGGCCGUUCAAAGGUGAAAUUGUGCUUGGAAAAAUCACGAGUGCUACGGAAAAUGGCAUCAAAAUCGGAGUAGAAUUCUUCAACGAUAUCCUGGUUCCCCCGGACCUGCUCCUGGAUGGAGCGAGAUUUGACAGAGCAGACCAGGUAUGGAUCUGGCAGAAUGAAGAGGGGUCCAUUUUCUACUUCGAUGUUGGCGAGAUCGUCCGUUUUCGGGUGGAAAUGGAAGAAUGGCACGAUCAGAUCCCCAACGCCCCCCCGCUGGCCGAUGGCACGCCGGCGGAGAGAAAGGCUCCAUAUUCGAUCAUUGGUUCCAUGCAAAUGGCAGGUCUCGGUCCGACCUCCUGGUGGUCAUGA